GUCCGGGCGAGAGCGCUGCCCGUCGGGCUGGGCUGGGCCUCGGGUGAGGGCAGAAUAACCGGUGGGAAGGCUGCGUUUUCACGAAGGACUCGGGUGAAGCUGCAGAGCUGCCUUUGAGCCCUGACUCCUUGGCUUCCUGGGUCGGAGGAGAUCUUGUAAUGGAGUGGUUCUUCGUCUCACACUAACAAGAUGCCUGAUUUCCUCAGGAUCGAGGGGUUGAAGAAUGUCCCGGGUUCCACUGGGGAAAGUCCUCCUGAGGAAUGUCAUCCGACACACUGAUGCUCACAAUAAGAUUCAGGAGGAAUCAGAUAUGUGGAAAAUCAGAGAACUAGAGAAACAGAUGGAGGAUGCUUACCAAGGGACCAAAAGGAAAAUGUUACCCAGCAGUUCAAGUCGGAUGCGGAGUGAUGGUUUUGAUGAAGAGAGUCAGAGAGACUACUGGAGGCCAAAGAAUGAAAUUUCUGGAACAGUGGAAGAUGAUUUUCUUAAGUCUAAAUCCUGGAACAAGAAGUUAUAUAAUUAUGAAGCUAAUAUGCCAGACAGAUGGGGUCACAGUGGAUAUAAAGAGUUAUACCCUGAAGAGUUUGAAACAGACAGUGAUCACCAAGAUAUUACCAAUGGGAAAAAAACAUCUCCCCAGGUCAGAUCAUCUGCCCAUGAAUCCCGCAAACAUAAGAAGUCAAAGAAAUCUCACAAAAAGAAGCAGAAGAAAAAGUCACACAAGAAACAGAAGAAAAGCAAAAAGGAAGCCACAGAUAUAACAGCAAAUUCCUCAAGUGAGUUCUCAGAAGAAACUGGGCCUUCUUGUAACAAGAAAAGGAAGCAACCACACAAGCGCAAGAAAAAAUCCAGGAAAAAGUCUCUCAAAAAACCUGCUUUAUUAGUAGAGGCAGAAAGUGACACCUCUCAGUCAGAUGAUUCAGCAUCCAGCAGUUCUGAGGAAAGCGAAGACGGAGGCACUGAGAAAACCAAAAGGAAAAAGACAGACACAGAUGUCCAUGUCCCUGUAGCUAACAGUGAAAUACACGAGAGGACAAAUAAACGCACAAAUUGGAAAGUGGCUACAGAUGAAAGGUCUGCUGAGAGCUCAGAGGAUGACUAGAUAGGAAAGAAACACUUUUGCUUCCCAUUUGAUUCUGGGUAUUUAUAACUCUUACUCCUUGGAGUUGUGCCAGUGACUCUUUCAGCACAGGGGUCUGAGGUCAGAGGUAUCUUGUGCCAUCUAUGUUUUGCCAGACUUAAACUUGAUCCCCUUUUCUUGUCUGUGGGGAAUCUGGUAUUUUGUUAUGAAGGUUUCUUGAAGAUUAUUUUUUUGCAAUUAAUCACUUUUAGGGUAAAGUGACCUCUGUAGCAAAUUAAAGGACCCAGGAAACUGAAUUCAGUAAAGACCUGGGUACACCGGUUGAAAUGAGUUUGGGGACAUGAAGGACUGGGAUGAAGAAGGGGAUUGAAGGAGUGUGGUAUGUAGGAUGGCUUGACAAGAGAACACUUCUUUGUUCAUAUAGCAGGUGUACUAUCGACUUGUCCUCAAUCUUGGUGCUUUGAGCCUUCUGUAUUUUGACCCCACAGGUGUGGUCUAGUUUACUUAAAGAGGAAAUGGGCAUAAGAAUAAACCUUUACCCUUCUUGGUAACAUCCACACAACUGUUAGAAGGAACUACCGUUUUCUCAAAUUUCCCUGCUGGACAGGGUAGCUAUUAGUAUACCCCUAACACAUGCUAAUUGGAUAGUAAAUGGUUUUCUAGUUUCAUUGCUAUAGUCUAAAUGCCCUUGCAUUUGAAAUUUGUCCUUCAAUUCAAAUGGGGAAAAAUUAGGAAUUGGUCUUGCUAUCUUAAUGAUGCUCUGAAAUGGAUUCAGGGCAGCAAUAGCCAUCUAAACAUUGUCUUCCUGGUUCCCCUCUCCCCCCGGGCUGUGUUGAGGAUUGAGCCCAGGUUCUUGCGCAUGCUAGGCAAGUGCUUUACCACUGAGCUACAAUCCCUAGCUCUGUUGUCUUGUUGUCUUCCUUGUUCAUUUCUAAUUCUAUUAAUGAACUUUAGAUUUUCCCUGAAACUUAAGUUGAAUCAGUUCCAAAAUGAAACAGGCUUCUCAGGGACAUAACCCGUUUCUUUCCCGUCUUGCCUUUGGGUUAAAAGCACCAAGCAGAGACCACAUUAUUUCCCUUUGCUGUACUGUGAUUCCUGUAUUCACAAGAAACCAAAAUAUCACUGAAAAAAAAGGCUGGCAGAACAUAAGUGAAUUUCUCAUUAUUAGAGGAAAGAUCAAGUGAUGCAUUGUCAGUUUUCACCUGGCUGUUACUUUAUCAGCCAGGUUAAGAAGCAUGACUUUUGGUAUUGGCUCUGCCACUCAGUUAUGAGUUCUGGAGCAGGUUAAGUUAAAAAUCUCCCUCGCCUUAUUUUCCAUAUGUGUUACACAAAUACUUCAUGGAAAGGUGACAGUCUGAGACACCAGCAAUAGAAUACAACUAUGAUGACAUUCCAUGAAGUGAUUGCUAUUUUAUAAUUUUAACUACUAAAUUUGUCUUUAUCAAACAGAUUUCUAAUAAAGUGCUUGGUCUUAAAAUACUUUGUUGGCCAUAGGUGCUCAAUCCCUUGACUAUGAAUAGGUGCUGCCUUUUGGGGAUUUUGAAAUAUUAGCUUGAGACCUCAAUUGUCCUUGGUAAAAGUGGAGGUAUAGUGAGGGAGGAAGAGGGAGCAAGUUGGAAGUAGUUUUAAGCCCCCAGCCUCGUUUGGUACAACUCUAAUAGCACCUAUUCCAAGCACAGCUUCAAGAAAAUGGGCCAAUAGAAUAUGGCAACUCAAAGAAGUUGGCUCUGUUUGGGUCUUAACCUAUCCAUCUUCCUACACUAGCAUUUUUUUCUCAAAGAAUACACUUUUUUUUUUUUCCUCCUAAUGUUUCUUUCCUUGGUCAUGUAUAAGCAAUAAAGUUGUUUUCUGUUCUUCA